AUGGAUCCCUCGUUGUUGAAGGAAAGAGAGGCUUUUCUGAAAAGAGCGAAAAGCCAACCGACUGUUGAAAAACGAAAACAAAAAUCAAAAUCAGAUCACCAGGAAACAUCUUCAAAGAAACAGAAAGUCAAGAGAGAACAUACUCCAAAAGCCCCAUCUUCUUUUGAUUAUAAAACAGCUCAAGGAACUUCUCAGUAUAAAUUUAGUGUUUUAGCCAAGAUAGUCAAGUACAUGAAGACUCGUCAUCAAAAUGGAGAUACACAUCCUUUAUUGAUAGAGGAAAUAUUAGAUGAAACAAAUCAAUUAGAUAUAACAACUAAAAUUAGACAUUGGUUAACUACAGAGGCUUUAAACAACAAUCCAAAGGUUGUGGCUAAAGAGGAUGCUGAUGGUAAAAAAUAUUGUUUUCGACCGAAGUUAGAAAUUCGUGAUAAAAGAGGGUUAUUGAAAUUAUUAAAGAAUUAUGAUCUACAUGGUCGAGGUGGUAUAAGUUAUGAAGAUGUAGAAGAGGCCAUUCCUGAUGCUGAAAAAGCUGUUAGGCAAUUAGGUGAACACGUAAUACAUGUUAUUCGUCCAAAUGAUAAAAAGAAGAUAUUAUUUUAUAAUGAUAAAUACUGUAAAAUAACAGUAGAUGAAGAAUUUCAAAAGUUGUGGAGAAGUGUACCAGUUGAAGGUUUAGAUGAUAAAAAAAUAGAAGAAUAUUUAGAUAAACGUGGCAUGACGUCUAUGCAGGACAUGUCUUCACAUAAAGUAACACCAAAGAGAAAGAAAGGAUCUCGUAAAAACAAGACAUUUAAGAAACAUAACGAUCAUUUGGAUGGUUUAUUAGAAGAUUAUACUGAAGAUAAAAAGAAAUAG